CAGAGGAGGGCAGAUCAGGACCGGUGGAGCCGGUACUCACAGAGCUGAUAUCCCCAGAGCCUUCAUCAUGGUGCAGUCCCUGGCCUGGGCAGGUGUGAUGACUCUGCUGAUGGUCCAGUGGGGCUCUGCUGCAAAACUGGUCUGCUACCUCACCAACUGGUCCCAGUACCGGACGGAAGCGGCUCGGUUCUUUCCCAGGGAUGUGGAUCCCAACCUGUGUACCCACAUCAUCUUUGCUUUUGCUGGAAUGAACAACCAUCAGCUCAGCACUGUGGAGCACAAUGACGAACUUCUCUACCAGGAGCUGAACAGCCUAAAGACUAAGAACCCCAAGCUCAAGACCCUGUUAGCCGUUGGAGGCUGGACCUUUGGGACCCAGAAGUUCACAGACAUGGUGGCCACCGCCAGCAACCGGCAGACCUUUGUGAAGUCAGCCCUAAGUUUCCUGCGCACUCAAGGUUUUGAUGGCCUUGACCUUGACUGGGAGUUCCCAGGUGGACGUGGGAGCCCCACAGUAGACAAAGAGAGAUUCACAGCCCUGAUACAGGACUUGGCCAAAGCCUUCCAGGAGGAAGCCCAGUCCUCAGGGAAGGAACGCCUCCUUCUGACUGCAGCUGUACCGAGUGAUCGAGGCCUGGUGGAUGCCGGCUACGAGGUGGACAAGAUUGCCCAGAGCUUGGAUUUCAUGAACCUUAUGGCCUACGACUUCCACAACUCCUUGGAAAAGACCACAGGGCAUAACAGCCCCCUCUACAAAAGGCAAGGAGAAAGUGGGGCAGCUGCUGAGCAAAACGUGGAUGCUGCUGUGACGCUCUGGCUGCAGAAGGGGACCCCUGCCAGCAAACUGAUCCUUGGCAUGCCUACCUAUGGACGCUCUUUCACCUUGGCCUCCUCAUCAGACAAUGGAGUUGGGGCCCCAGCCACAGGGCCUGGUGCCCCAGGCCCCUAUACGAAGGACAAAGGGGUCCUGGCUUACUAUGAGGCCUGCUCCUGGAAGGAAGUACACAGAAUUGAGGACCAGAAGGUGCCUUAUGCCUUCCAGGACAACCAAUGGGUGGGCUUUGACGAUGUGGAAAGCUUCAAAGCCAAGGCUGCCUACCUGAAACAGAAGGGGCUGGGAGGAGCCAUGGUCUGGGUCCUGGACUUGGAUGACUUCAAGGGUUCCUUCUGCAACCAGGGCCCGUACCCUCUCAUCCGGACACUACAGCAGGAACUAAAUCUUCCAUCCGAGACUCCAAGGAGCCCAGAACAGGAAAUACCUGAGCCACGCCCAUCUUCUAAGCCAGAGCAGGGACCCAGCCCAAGGCUAGAUAACUUCUGCCAAGGCAAAGCUGAUGGGGUCUACCCCAACCCUGGAGACGAGUCCACUUACUACAACUGUGGAGGGGGGCGGCUUUUUCAGCAGAGCUGUCCCCCAGGCCUGGUGUUUAGAGCCUCUUGCAAAUGUUGUACCUGGAGCUAAGUUCCUGGAACCCCAUCCAACUCCAGUCUGAGGCCAGGCUUGGGGUCCCCCACCAGUCUGCCUCUGCUUUGCCGGGGGCCUGCAGGCCUCUCUGUUCCUUCCAUGCCCCUGCCUCUGGCCAGUUUCUUGGUUUCCUUUUUGUCUCUUCUGGGCUUCCUCUUUACCUGAAAAAUAAAUAUAUUUUUCACCCCU